AUGAAGUUUACCGCAGCUCUCCUUGCAGCCGUGAUGGCCGCUUCCGUUGCUGGCUCGCCUAUUGUCAAGCAGGCUAGUGAAUCCACCGGUGCUGUCCCCAAUGGAGAUGAUUAUGAACAAGCGCAUAUCUACUACCGCAGAGACGACUACAAGCACCAGAACUCAAUGUACGGCAAGCGUGAUGAGGCGACGCCAGAGGGAAAUGACUACGAGCACCAAGCCUCCAUCUACAGCAAGCGUGGCGAGGCAAAGCCGGAGGGGGAUGACUACGAGCACCAAGCUUCCAUCUACAGCAAGCGUGGCGAGGCAAAGCCGGAGGCAGACGAUUAUGAACAAAAGCACAUCUACUUCCGCAGCGACGACUACAAGCACCAGAACUCAAUGUACGGCAAGCGUGAUGAGGCGACGCCAGAGGGAAAUGACUACGAGCACCAAGCCUCCAUUUACAGCAAGCGUGGCGAGGCAAAGCCGGAGGGAGAUGACUACGAGCACCAAGCUUCCAUCUACAGCAAGCGUGACGAGGCAACUCCAGAGGGAAAUGAUUAUGAGCACCAAUCUUCCAUUUACAGCAAGCGUGGUGAGGCAAAGCCGGAGGGAAAUGACUACGAGCACCAGUCUUCGAUCUACAGCAAGCGUGGUGAGGCAAAGCCGGAGGGAAAUGACUACGAGCACCAGUCUUCGAUCUACAGCAAGUGA